UCAACUAAAUGAUGGACCUUUCUACCCAUAUACUCUUACAGGCUACAGCCUAGUGUUGUCUUCCUUCCUCGUAAGCAUCGCCUCCUCUUCCUGGUCUAGAUGUUCCGCUCUUCGGCUCUUAAAUAAUCCUGCAAAACUCAUUUCUUCGCACCAGUUUCAACCUCAAAUCGAGGCUUAAUCCGCUGUUGCGUUUGGAUUUCUUUCGUACUAAUCUCCCCGCCCACCAUGGCUUCUCCUUUCACACUCCAUUCAGCCAAGACAGCAGCUUUGCUGGGCGGCGCUUCUUCCCUCAAGAAUCGCCCCCUUAUUCCGCACCAGAACUCCAUUUCUUUCGGAUCUACUUCCAGAUCCGGGCCCGCAUUGCUCCAUCAACUCCAGGGUGGUUUGAAAGUCCUAGCACAGAGCAGCGAGGUUGCUGCUGUUGAGAAAACUGCGAAUUCGAAACCGGUUCCAGAAGAAAAAACUGAAGAAGAAAUUCCCAAAGCUGACAAGGCAGUCUUGGAUGUUUCCUUAAUUUCAGACUUCAUGUCUCAAGCAGCCCAUCUUGUCGAGCUUGUGGAUUCAAAAGACAUUGUAGAGCUGCAGCUAAAGCAGCAGGACUUUGAGAUAAGUAUAAGGAAGAAGGAAGCAUUGCCUCAACAACAGCAAGUAUUAUCUCCUCCUCCUGUUGUUUGGCAACAGCCUGCUGUGCAGCACGCCUUUGCUCAGACACAAGACACACAAGUGCAGCAACCUCCAGCUGCUACUGCGGCGGCCCCACUCGCUCUUCCUCCACCUUCAAAGCCCAAAAAGUCAUCUCAUCCUCCACUUAAGAGCCCUGUCCCAGGAACAUUUUACCGUGCCCCUGCCCCAGGUCAACCACCUUUUGUGAAGGUCGGAGACAAGGUCAAAAAAGGGCAAAUACUUUGCAUCGUUGAGGCAAUGAAACUGAUGAAUGAAAUUGAGGCUGAAUACUCUGGGACUGUAGUUGAAAUACUAGUUGAAAAUGGCAAGCCUAUCUGUUUGGGAGAACCCUUGUUUAUCAUUGAACCAUGAAGAACAGAUGGACUGCUUCUAAUAGGGAAAAUCAUAGAUGGGUGGGAAGCUCACGAAUGAGUUUAGAAUCUGUACCGAUGUAGUCAUGUGCGUGUUUGGUCACCCCACCCCCACCCAAAGUAUGCUAAUUAUGUUUUCAGAUUGUAUUCUCUUUCUUUUCAAAUGAGGUACUUGAACUUUUUGGACCAAAUGGAGUGCUUUAUAGAUUGUGGGUUACUGUUUACAUGAGAAAAAAAAUCAUCUCCAUUUGUUGCAGUAUUGUGUUUAGUAAACUUGUACCAACAAAUAUUUACAUGGAUU